CGCCGCCGCCCCUUCCUCUCCGUCGCUCGCCUCGCGCCUACGCCACCACCUCUGCCAUGGCCCCGAAGAAGGAUAAGGCCCCGCCGCCGUCGUCCAAGCCGGCCAAGUCCGGAGGCGGGAAGCAGAAGAAGAAGAAGUGGAGCAAGGGUAAGCAAAAGGAGAAGGUCAACAACGCUGUGCUCUUCGACCAGGCCACCUAUGACAAGUUGCUCUCCGAGGUGCCCAAGUACAAGCAGAUCACCCCAUCCGUCCUCUCCGAGCGUCUCAGGAUUAAUGGAUCAUUGGCACGGAGGGCAAUCAAGGAUCUGAUGGCAAGGGGAUUCAUAAGGAUGAUCUCUGUUCAUUCCAGCCAGCAGAUAUACACCAGGGCAACCAACACAUGAGGGCUGUUUUGCAUCUUGUCGGCGGGUCUCUAGACGGCUUAAUGUUGCUAUUAUAUCAUGUUUAUUUCAAUCAUGGCUCAGUCAGCCUUACUGUUGUGUCGGAUGUUGGAAUAUUUUUAGAUUACUGUACUGUUUAAGCUCAUGUUGCUAUCCAAAUAUCCAUCUUGAGGAAUACCAAUCUGUCUCUGCUCUAAUAUUACAACAAUUGUUAAAGUUGCGCGUGUUGUCAUGAAUUCAGUCCUAUUGACAUGCGCUCACCGUUACCCUGAGCAUUUUUUUGGGGU